GGGCGGUCUGGCGAGAAGCGAGCUCAGGCGUCUCCUGACUCACUAACCUCUGGUGUAUGCUGUUCGUCGUUUGCGGUGGCGUCGCCACGUCUUUACAGGCCUAACAGCAUGGCAUCCGUUCCAUUGCCCCAUCCAGGCUCGGUUCAACAGCCGCCCAGCCAUCCCACGUUUCCCCCGACUGCGUGCCGUGGCCCUCGCAAAUCUCAGUAUCUGCGAAAUCGAUGUACCAAUACAAAUUCGCACUGGUUCACUCUGCAAACAAUACCGCAAUGGCAGCAAUCAUCGCUACAGAACGAACAAAAUGGUGCAUCCGAGUAUUUCUGCCGUUCAUGCUUGUCCCGCAUCGACGUCUGUAACUAAUGUUGCGCUGGUGUCAUCUGCCUAGCAUCGACCGAUCGCACUGUCGUUUUCUCGACUGGACGUACGUGUCAAUCACGGCCUCUUCUCGUUCA